AGAGAGAGAGAGAGAGAGCGACAGAAGGAAUGUGCAGUGGAGGAGAGCCAUCAAAUCUGUCUGAGAAAGGUUAACAGGACUGACUGACUGACUGAGUGGAGUGGGAGUGUAAAAUGUAAAAAGCGAGUAGGAGGGGAGAGAGAGAGAGAGAGAGAGAGAGAGAGAGAGAGAGAGAAAGAGAGAGAGGAGAAUAGAAGAGAAAAGAGAAGAAGAGAAGCGGAGCAGAUUGUGUCUGCUGAGCUCGUCUGGAUCUCUGCUCGCCGUCGCCUUUUCACCUGCCGCCUCGUCAGACAGGUGUGUUGGCGCGGCAUCCGUCUUCGUCUGGCCGCCGCCGAUGGAGGAGCCGCGGGAGGAUGGAUGGAGCGAGGCGCGCGCAGAUUACCAGCCUUUGACUGUAAUGAAGCGAUGACCUCAUAAGGCGUCUGCGUCUGCACAGCGCCGGCCUGUUUGGGUCCAGAUCUGAUCGCGCAGAUGCUGCACGUCGCUAUCGCGAUGACCUUGGAUCCGGGAUGCUUACCGAGAGAAUAAUGGAGUCUGUGCCACAUAAUCACAACACCCCCUCAACGUCUCCGGAGAGACACGCAGUGCGUGCGUGAGCGAGUGAGUGACAGGCAGCUGGAGCCAAUGAGCUUCAGGCCCGGCCCUGCUCUGGUCCCAGACAGGGACACGCUGCCGCUCAAGAAGAGGGACCAGCGGCCGGGCUCGCCGCCGCCGCCGCCGCUGCAGGCGUGCGACGCCACCACCUUCAAGACGCCCUACCCCUACAAGAGCCACGGCGAGUUCAAACCCAAGCCCUCCAGCCCCUUCCAGCCGGUGCCCCGGCGGGUCCCCGCCCUCUACCAGCCCUGGAUGCCCACGCACGUCCCCUCCGGGUCAAAGUCCCACGUCCUGUCCCCCUUGAGGGAGCAUCACGGAUGGGCGGAGUGGAGGGACUUCAACCCUCUGCACCCGGGCUGGGACCUGCCCCACCCCUACCAACGCCACGCCCACUUCCCCGGCACCCAGGCCCCGCCCCCCGGCCAGCCGUACCCGGCCCCCAGGCUGGGCCCCGCCGGGCUGGCCUCGGAGGGCCUGCGCGGGAUGGGGGGGUACGGCUGGGAGCAGGUCCAGACGCUGAGGGACGCAGAGUGGCAGAGCGACGGCAGGAGUAAAGGGGCUUAUGUGAGGAGAAGGGACAGACGGGUUGACGGUGACCCCCUGCUGAGCGCCCGUCCGCCUCCCUCACAGAAGGACCUCCUGAUGCAGCACGGUUUGCUGCAUAAGUCCUCAAGGGCCGUCAAAUAUCCCGCCGUUGCGGCCGCGACGGAGGCGCCGUUGGGGUCUGCGCGCACCGCCUCGCCACAGCCGCCCGGCUGCCUCCCCUGGCUGCUGCCCCACUUCGUGGCCGGCUCCCUGAUCGAGCUGCGGGACGGGCGGCUGCGGCGCGUGGAGCACCUGCGCACCGAGGACUUCCUGCUGGGCUCGCUGGCCUGCCCCGACCUGCGCCUCAGCUGCUGCACGGUGCAGAGCAUCUCGGCGGCCUCCUCCUCCUCCGUCUCUCGUCUGCUCAUCCUGCUGCACGAUCAGCAGUCCCAGGAGCUGGUGGACGUGUACGUGGAGUAUCCGUUCUUUGUGCGUGGGCAGGGCUGGUCUUCCUGCAGCCCUCAGCGGACCGCCCGUCUCUGCGGCCUGCAGUGCCGCCAGCUCAGCGUGGGGGACGUCUGCUUGGCUCUCACCCCCGUCUCCGCUCCAAAGCCGCCGCCGCCGUCAGCCGCCCCGGAGCCAAAGACCUCGCCGGGCGGGUCGGCAGACGAGAGGUGUGAACUGCCACGAGAGCCGCCCCCGCAGGGCGCCCCACAGCCACAGUGGACGGCAGGGGGCACCAGGAAGGAGGCCGAGGCGGCGCGGAGGAGACACUAUUCAGCCCCGGAGCUAAGAGGCCCGGGGACUAAUUGCAUGUAGUGAAGAGGGUUAAUGGUUCAUGUGCAGGGAGUAAAUCUGUGUUAAGCUCUUCUAUAUUUAGCCCGUGUUUGCUGUAUUUUCUACCUCCUGGAUCCUGUUCCUGUGCUUUACUGUCUUUACUGUCGUUAUCUAAGAAAGAAGAAACAAGGUUGACUCUCAGGAUAUACAAGAGGUUAUUUAGCGCAUAUCCACUGACUAUGUGACCUAAAGAAGAGCCAGACAUUCUGUGACACUCAACUAAAAAAUACAUUUCCCUCUUUUGUUGUGUAAGAAAGGAAAGGACCAAAGUGUAAAUGUACAUUCCCACAGGGUGCUGCUCCAGUGACACUGAAUAUGUCAAGGAAUAACGUUUUAGUUCGUAUUAUCUGAAGACAAACUCACAAAAUCAGUUCACAUCACUCAAAAAGCACAAUAACACCCUCCCUCAGGUCGUUCGCGGAGAGAAUCCUGACAAUAUUUAAAGUAGUUCCGUGUUGACAAUCAGCACUUCUUUGAUUGUAUUUGUAGAAUUUAUGCUUCUACCUCUAUUUUCUAUUCACAGUGACACAUGACCUUUGUUUGUGUGUGGGUCGUACUAAAUUAGGCUUUGCUGGAAGCUCUCAGCUUCUGGGUGAACGUCUGCGUGAAUGUUUUUAUUUGCCUUGUUGCUGUAUGCACAGAUUGUAAACAGUGUGAGCUUUUCGUAAUGUAAUAUGGAGUCAUUUAAAGGCCGGGGCCCUUUUACGCUGGUAAGUUUCUGGAUAUUUUUUAAAGGCACAAUUGUGAUCAGUGUAUGUGCUAUUAUGUAAAUGAUGUCACGUGUUCAUAGUUCACAUUAUUAUGAAAAGGGCAAAAUGGAAAUGUACACAACUAUGAUGUCAUCAUUAGGACCGCCCGGCGAGCACACACUGGGCUUGGGAAACUGUCAAAUAAAUCAGAUAAAACCUG